UAAAUAUCGUUGCGACGCAUACGGUGCAACAACAACAACAACAACAACAACAAGAAUCUUUCUAGAGUGACAUCUGUCUGUCUGCACCCAUCACGAUGCCCUCCUCCCUUCGCAUUGUCGCGAGGGCCGUUCUGCGACGCCGGAGUCACGCCGCUGCAACCACGCACCGGAUCGCGACGAUCCGUGCCCCCCGGCGAGGCUCUCCGCACCCUCGUCUUCCUUCCCGAUGGCACCCAGGCCCGGCCGCCAGGUUCCUCUCCGAUGCGGCCAAGGAACGCGCCACCGAGGGCCUGGUUCCCGGGGUCCCCCUCCACCAGUCGUCGUACGGAUCCCUGGGAGACGCCACCAACGUGUUCGGAAGAAGCACCCUCCACGGAAGCCAAAGCCGCACCGAGAAGAUCAACAUCAACCACAACAUUAACAACAACCACCACAACAUUAACAACCACAACCACACGGCCCCCGCCUCGUGGCAGGCCAAGGACGACGCCGACGUCCAGCGCGUCACGUCCCAGGCACUGAUCUACGAGCUGACCCGCACCACCACAAACACCAUCGAGCGGGUGGUCCCCUGGUUCCUCAAGACCAUGCCCGAGUCCUACUUUCGGCAGAUCCCGCCCUACCUGCGGCGGGACCACGUCAAGGCCCUGGCGGCGGUCGUCGACGCCGACAUGGACCUCUACCUCAACCUCAAGAGCAAAACAACCGACGGAAGGACCGUCUACACCUUUGUCCGGCCGACCACCGAGCCGGGGACCCUCCUGGGAAUGGUCGAGGAGCUGCCCCGGUGCGAUCCCGAUGCGCCCUCCCUGACGCGCCUCCACGUCUUUAGCGCGGCAGACGACUCCUUUUCCCUCAACAUGUUUAUCAUGGGAGAAACCACCGCGAAAACGAAYCCCCCCGGGGGGCAGCCGCAACCGCAGGCACCCGGGCCCCACCGAACAGCCAUCCUGGACUUUGCGGCCAGGGUGCGGGAGGGCCUCUGCCUGGAGGAACACCCCGACCUGGAUCCAUCGGAACCCUCCUUCGAGCCGAAGAACCUCGAGGCCUACCUCGACGGGUGCCGGGACAACUACCUGAGGAUCAUCAGCGAGCACCCCGAGCGCUUUCUGAAGCAGCGGCUCCUCUUUGGGUCGGUCAGCGGAACGGAGGGCUGCGAGGCCCGCAUCGAGCCCGCCGUGCACGAGUCCUCCCCGCUCGGCAAAGAAAGCAAGCAGUACUGGCUGGACGUGGCCAUGGCCAACUGGCUGCCGCGGGUCGCGCUGGAGCAGACCUGCCGGUUGCUCUACGUCCAGGGAUUCGACGUCGGCCGGGCGCGGCUGGACGUGAUCCCGGACGGAGAAAACGGCAGCGUCACCAUGCUAAGGCUGCUGAUCCACCCCGUCGGGGAAUACCAAGAAACCAGCGACAGCGGCGAUGGGAAUGGCGACAGCGGCGACGGGACCCGCACCGACCACGCCGCCAGGUUCGAGCGCCUCCGGUACAACCUCAAGCGGUCCAAGUGGCUGGACGACACCACGCAGAAACUCGUCUUCGAGGACGAGCCGUGGCUGGGCGUCCGGCGGGGAGAAAUCCUCACCGCGAUGUGCCACCUUCUCCACCCGAUGCUGUCCGGCAGCGGGGACCCCGACCACGGCAGCUUUUAUUCCAAGCACAACAUCCUGGUAAGCCUUGCGGUGGCAGCGGGCCCGCCACGAGCAAGAUGCGUCGCGUUCGUGGUCGAAUUUGCCUUCGACAAGCGAUCUCUUGGUUUUCUUUCGUCUCACCGUUCGUUCUUCUGUACAAAACCUUUCAUCGCAGCAAACCGUGACAGAUCGCCGCUUCAUCGGWUACGCRGCCAAAAUCGCCGACCUCUUUUUGCAACGCUUCGAUCCGAAAGACCCCUUGAGCGACGAGGCCUUGUUUCAAAACAGCCUCGAUGGCAUUCGCACGGACAUUGCUUCGGAUGUCCAAGAAACCUACGUCAAGGAGCUCUUGACCAAAAUGACGGAAAUAGUCGAAAAGACGCUCAAAACCAACAUUUACAUGAAAGACCGAUACGCCCUGUCGAUGAGGCUGGAUCCAUCGAUCAUGGGCGUUGGGUCGGUAGAGGAUUCCACUCUGCCCUACGGGGUUUUGUUCAUCCACGGCAGACGCUUCAACGGCUACCACACGCGUUUCCGUGAUAUUUCUCGGGGGGGACUAAGGUUGGUGGCCCCCGCGAGCUCGGAACAGCUGGCGCUGGAAUCGGCCCGGCAGUACGACGAGUGCUACGGGCUGGCCUUUGCGCAGCAGCUCAAGAACAAGGACAUUCCCGAGGGGGGCAGCAAGGCCGUUUGCUUGAUUGACACGAACGACAUACUGAACGGAACAAGGGACUACGUCCUCCGAAAAUCGGUCAAGGCCAUGGCGGACAGCAUUCUUGACCUGGUCGUGGACACGGAAGAAACCCGGGAGAACAUCGUGGAUUACUUUGGCAAGCGAGAAGUCUUGUACCUCGGUCCAGACGAAAACGUGACGCCCGAGGACAUCAACUGGAUCAUCCAGCGAGCAGGUAGGCGGGGAUACGAUACCCCCGCUGCUUUCAUGAGCAGCAAACCGAGGGCAGGAAUCAACCACAAGGAAUACGGUGUCACGAGCGAGGGAGUCAACGUGUUUUUGGACGUUGCUUUGCAGCGCGCCCUGGGAAUCGAUCCCAGAAAGGAGAGCUUUACGGUGAAAAUGACGGGCGGUCCGGAUGGAGACGUCGGGGGAAACGAAAUCAACAUCCUGAUCCGCGAAUACGGCGACAAUGUCAAAAUCGUUGGGAUUGCGGACCACUCGGGAUGUGCCGAAGACCCCGAUGGAUUGAACCACGAAGAGUUGUUGCGACUCUUUCGUCAAGAACUGAGCAUCGGCAGUUUCGAUGCUUCGCGACUCGGCCCGGGCGGUGUGCUGCACACCUGUGACACAGAAGAGGGAACCAAGGCCCGCAAUACCAUGCACAACCGGUUGGUAGCAGACGCCUUUGUCCCGUGCGGGGGACGGCCGAACACGAUCGAUACCAAUAAUUACAAGCAGUUUCUUCUCGGAGACGGAACCCCAAGCUCGAGGCUCAUCGUGGAGGGAGCCAAUCUAUUCGUGAAUUCCGAAGCCCGCCAAAAACUGUACGAAGAUGCCGGAGUCAUGAUUGUCAAGGACUCGUCUGCGAACAAGGGCGGGGUCAUCACGUCUUCUUACGAGAUCUGCGCAGCGAUGCUGGCAAGCGAAGACGAGUUCUUCGAAAACAAGGAGGCCAUCGUGGCCGAGGUCCUCGCAAAGCUACGGGGAUACGCCAAAAUGGAGGCCGAGCUGCUUUUUCGAGAGGCCGAAAUCUACGGCGAGUCUCUGCCCGAAGUCAGUCAGAUCAUCAGCAAUGCCAUCAAUUCCGCCACGGAUGCGUUGUCGGGGGCACUGGAUUCUCUUUCUCCCGAAGACCAGGAGCAGCUGGUCCCUCUCUUCCGAGGUCACUUGCCCGAAACUCUGGCCGACCUGGGCUUCGAUAAGGUUCACGAAAAAGUCCCGAGCCAAUACAUCAAGAAUGCGAUUGCUUCCACGCUGGCUUCCAAAAUGGUGUACAAGGAGGGGACACGAUUCAUAAACGCGCUGCCCCAGGCUAGACUGGCAGAAACCGCGUUGCGUUACAUUCAGCAAGAAAAAGAGGUGUUGAAGCUGAUCGAGACACUCGAAAAGACGGAAAUGUCUGCAGAAGAAARGAACAAGAUACUCMAGCUCCUGGAUGCGGGAGGGGCUCGAACCGCUUUGAGCCUAAAGGACGUGUAACAGAACCUGUCUACCCGGCACGAAACGACAGGAUGUAGGCGAUGCAAAGUGGCACGGCCGAGAAUAUCGAACCUUCAAAAAUCAUAGAUGUAUCACAWAAUACAAAAUU